UGUGUGGACUAUACCAUGUGGAUAGCUAAUACACGUGGUGAGUUGUGCGCAUGCGUUAGUUACAACAGAGCAAAUUACCGCGGCUUUGAUCGGAGGCCUAGAGAAAGAGCAGAGAGACAAGAAAGAGAAAGGUACAAAGUUCCCCCCCAACCACGUGUAGUGUACAAAGGAAGUAAAGAAAUGAGGCCUCUAAUGCUGCAUGGCCAUGAGAGGGCCAUCACUCAGAUCAAGUACAACAGAGAUGGAGACCUACUGUUCACUGUAGCCAAAGAUAAUAAACCCAGUGUCUAUUUCUCAGCAAAUGGAGAGAGACUAGGCACCUACAAUGGCCAUGGCGGAGCUGUGUGGUGCAUUGAUGUAAACCAGGAUACAUCUCGAGUGUUUACAGGGUCUGCAGACAACUCUGCAAGACUGUGGGACGUUGAGACUGGGAAGGAGGUGUCUAAUUUUGGGACAGGGUCGGCAGUUCGAACGUGUGGGUUCUCUCACAACGGCAACUACCUCAUGUACUCGACUGACGCAGCCUUGGGCCUGAAUUGUGAGAUUAUCCUCUAUGACAUCAGAGCAACUGAGUCCCCCAUAGGGAAGACAGUGAUCAAGCCUAGCAAGGUGACGUCUGCAGUGUGGGGACCGUUUGACCAGUAUGUUAUCACAGGACACGAAGAUGGAUCCAUUUCACAGUUUGAUAUUAUCAAUGGUGGUGGUGAAUUGGUCAACUCAGUCAGGAAGCAGAAGAGUCUCAUUUCUGAUGUUCAGCUCUCAAAUGAUCACACCAUGUUCAUUGCCUCUAGCAAAGACACGACAGCUAAGUUGUACGAUUCUGAGAAGCUGGACAUCAUCAAAACCUAUCUCACAGAUAGACCCGUUAACUCUGCGGCUAUCUCUCCACUUAGAAAUCAUGUGGUGCUUGGUGGAGGUCAAGAGGCUAUGGAGGUAACCACGACUACCACAAAGGCUGGGAAAUUUGAUGCUCGAUUCUACCACCUUGUCUUCGAAGAAGAGAUAGGGAGGGUCAAAGGUCAUUUUGGGCCUAUAAACAGCCUUGCAUUUCACCCAGACGGCAAGAGUUAUAGCAGUGGUGGAGAGGAUGGUUACGUUCGAGUGCACACUUUUGAUCCAGCAUAUUUUGACUUUGAAUUUGAAUUCUAACAACCAAUUUUACUCUGUCAUUAUACAUGCCACAUGUUGUAUUGGUGUUUGUACAACUCAACCGGUGAUAAAAUUAAAGUGUGUUCUAAAAAGUCUG